GGCCCGGAAGCAGGGAUGUGGGAGCGGAAAAGUGAAUGGCGGGCGGUGGGCUCCGGGCUGCUGCUGCUGGCUGCUGCGGCCCAGGUAGUGGCCCUGGCUCCGCGCCGCUUCACUCCGGACUGGCAGAGCCUGGACUCGCGGCCACUGCCGAGCUGGUUCGACGAGGCCAAGUUCGGGGUGUUCGUGCACUGGGGGGUGUUCUCGGUGCCCGCCUGGGGCAGCGAAUGGUUCUGGUGGCACUGGCAGGGCGAGCGGUUACCGGCCUACCAGCGCUUCAUAAAAGAAAACUACCCGCCCGGCUUCAGCUACGCCGACUUCGCACCAGAGUUCACAGCGCGCUUCUUCCACCCGGACCAGUGGGCUGAACUCUUCGAGGCUGCCGGGGCCAAGUAUGUUGUCCUGACCACAAAGCAUCAUGAAGGCUUCACAAACUGGCCAAGCUCUGUGUCCUGGAACUGGAACUCGAAGGAUGUGGGGCCCCACCGUGAUUUGGUUGGUGAGUUAGGAGCAGCUGUGCGGAAGAGGAACAUACGCUACGGCCUCUACCACUCGCUCUUGGAGUGGUUCCAUCCACUCUACCUACUUGAUAAGAAAAAUGGUUUCAAAACGCAGCAUUUCGUCAGUGCAAAAACAAUGCCGGAGCUGUACGACCUUGUUAACAGUUACAAGCCUGACCUGAUCUGGUCUGAUGGGGAGUGGGAGUGUCCUGAUACGUACUGGAACUCCACGGGUUUCCUCGCUUGGCUCUACAAUGAUAGCCCUGUCAAGGAUGAGGUGGUAGUGAAUGACCGCUGGGGUCAGAACUGCUCCUGUCGUCACGGAGGGUACUACAACUGUCAGGACAAAUACAAGCCACACAGCUUGCCAGACCACAAGUGGGAGAUGUGUACCAGCGUGGACAGGGCGUCCUGGGGCUAUCGAAGAGACAUGACCAUGUCAACCAUCGCCAGUGAAGAUGAAAUCAUCGAGGAAUUGGUUCAGACGGUGAGUUUGGGAGGCAACUAUCUUCUUAACAUUGGACCAACUAAAGAUGGCCUGAUCGUCCCCAUCUUCCAAGAACGGCUUCUUGCUGUUGGCAAGUGGCUGCAGAUCAACGGAGAGGCCAUCUAUGCCUCCAAACCCUGGAGGGUGCAGUCUGAAAAGAACAAGACAGUGGUGUGGUACACCACUAAAGACUCGGCUGUUUAUGCCACUUUUCUAUACUGGCCAGACAAUGGAAUGGUGAGCCUUAAAUCCCCUAAAACGACCUCGGGCACGAAGAUAACAAUGCUAGGAAUGGAAGGAGAACUGAGCUGGACCCAGGACCCACUGGGGGGCAUCCUCAUCUCUCUGCCCCUGUUGCCACCUCCUGCUCUCCCAGUGAAGUUUGCCUGGACUCUAAACCUGACAAAGGUGAACUGAUCAUAGGAGCUCAAGGACACACCGCCCAGUGAGCUGCUUUCUCUUACAGGACCAACCACACAAUAAAGUAGCUUCCCUUCCA